CCUAAUAUAAGAGCACGUUGGCCACGCCACGCCUCUAGACCACGCCACGCCUCUAGGCUACGCCCCGCAUCUAGGUCACGCCCCGCCUUCUAGGCCACGCCCCCUCUGAGUUGACAGCUGGGUUUCCUUUCAAAAUGGCGGCGUCCUAUGUGCGGAUGUGCUGCGGUGCUUCGAGGACUUUUCUAUGCGGGAUUCGGUACACGGGGGUCACCGCAGGAUUGUGCAGGACUAAAAUAUCUUCCACGCAACUCAGAUUAUGUCCAAUAAGGCAGUAUUCAUCUUCUCAAGCGAGGUACGGCCUCGGCCAAAGCGUCGCUUCAGGAUUGAAAUGGGCAAAUGAAAAGUACAAGAGGUUCCUUCAGAGACGCUUCCCUCGGUUUUACGUCCUCUAUUCCACAUUCAUACGAGGGUUUCGACUCUUAUUUGAGGAUGCCCUAGAAGUGCAUAGGAUUAGAAUUCGGAUGAUCAAGAACAACAUCGAUCCCAAGAAGUUGCCCUACCGUGAAAUGGAGAAGCUCAGACAGUUUCACAGAGACAUGAUCAAAGCCGUCCCUCUGGUGAUCAUCUCCAUUCCUCCUUUUGCCAACUACCUGGUGUUCGUUUUAAUGUACCUCUAUCCCCGCCAGCUUCUGAUCCGUCAAUUCUGGACACCGCAGCAGCUCUUGGAGUUUCAGGGAGUGUAUCACGCUCAGAGAGCGCAGCAUCACCUGCCACUGCUCAGCGGGUUAAAAACCACAGCGUCGCACAUCACACAUGAGCAACUGAAGAGCCGACUGACGGAGCUGUGCAGGAAAGUCCAGAGUGGCGCUCAGCCGGCUGUAUCUGAUCUCCAUGCAGUGAGAGCUUUAUUCUCAGGGCCUCCACUGGGUAUCAGAAGGCUGAGUGCAGAUCAGAUGAGGCACCUUUGCCCGUUGCUCUUCCUAACACCCCGCCUCCCGGCUUUCUGGAUUGGCCAGCGCUUGAAUAGUCACGCCCUCGAGUUAAUGCACCUGGACCGUGCCAUCAUCAACAUGGGCCUCCACCAGCUCGAUGACACAGAGCUCAAAGAGGCGUGUUACAUGAGAGGGCUCAACGUGGAGCUUCUGAGUCCCGCACAGAGCCGAGACUGGCUGUCAGAGUGGCUUCAGUUCUCGGUGCAUCUUAAAGAAUCCGAGACCUCGCUGUAUUUGCAUGGCAUGAUGCUCCUGACAAUGAACUACCCACAAAACCCACCACGCAGCUGACCCCAAUCCCUGGGGUUCUCAGCCUCGGUGACCAGCAGUAAAGUAUACAGAAACUCUGAUGGAGAAGGAAGACUGAUUGAGUCAGCGAGUACCGUUAUCAGCGAUGUGCCAAGGCCAGCUUCAGGAUCAAACUUGCUUCCCAAUUACAGUGUUGAGUGAAUAUGAAAGGGAAUGAUGGCAAUCUUUUACUUAUCUUUAGACUUUUGUUUACAUGAGCGAAGUGAUUAGAGGUCGGCAGGGAAUCGCGAUGAAAGCGGUAGGGUAGAAACAACAGCUAGCGGAAGUCGGGCUUUUCAGACUUCUGUAAAUGGGGGAAUUGAAUCACAUGCCACAUUUACGUACACACAAACACAGAAUGUACCUCAGAAACACAAAUAUUUUCAGCCAUUAAUGAGCAUGAAUAUGUGUAUAGAAAAAACCCAUCUGUUUACAUGGACUGGUGUGGUUUUUGUACCACAAAUUAGUGUUUCUUUCCAAUUCAGCAUGUUCUUUGCUGCUUUUUUUUUGUUUUCCCCUCUGCAUACACUUUCUCCCAUGCACACAAUCCAUCUGUACUCUGGAGCCUGACUGAUUUCAUCAUUAGAAUCAUGAGGACCUUUUAAGGGUUGCCAGGUCCUCAAAACAAGAAGCCAAAAGCAUAAAGAUAAAAUAAAACAAUAUAUGCAACUUCAUUUAUAAUUGAAAUGAACAUGAAGCAACACCAUAAAAUACUUUUGUGGUGUAGUGUUUAAUUUUCUUAUAUAUCAGUAUAAUUAUACACCACAAUGUAUUUAUAAGUCAUUUAUUAUUUGUACUUCAUAUUAAUUGACAUUGAUAUACUAAUUUAAUCAUAUGCAGUGCACUGCUGAAUAAAACCUGUGGAAUAUGAGUUCGUUUAGAUUAUAUUAGAUUUUUUAUUAGUGCUUUCACAAAGUUACUUGCUACAAAAAUAAUAAUGUAUUUAUUGUGUGCUCAGAUUAUUAUAAUUUUUUUAUUUAAAAAGCUAAAUACGGCUUCAUUGAUCAUUCACCUUCACUGUGCACACUAUCCUUUUAAAUCAAUUCCAGAUUAGACUUGUCUCGGCUGUUUAUCUAUGAGCUUUGUACGUUUUUUAUUUUUUCGAUGAACGUUGCACUUUUUUUUGUUUUUCUUUAAACCUAACAUAGAUUAGAUGGAGAAUGUUUGAGCCUAGAAGUAUUCAGAUCAUGACACAAGCUUUCAAUCGGAUUGAAACUUCCAAAAGAAAAAAAAAACGUUUUAUUUAAUUUAUUUUUAUUUGUAUAGCGCUUUAAACAACGAACAUUGUCUGAAAGCAGCUUUACAGAGAUAAAACGUUAUGAAGUUGUAUAAAAGAGUUUAUAAGUUUUAAUGCCUACAAAUUUGUUCCUUAUAAUUGUACGUUUAUCCCUAAUGAGCGAGCCGGUGGCUACUGUGGCAAUGGAAAAAACACUGAAACGGCAACAGUAGGAAACCUUGAGGAGAACCAGAUUCAAAGAGGAACCUCAUCUUAUUGGCACCUGAUGUCCAGUAAUUAUAGUUCCAUCAUUUUUGAGGUGUGCUGUUCAAUGAACUAUUUUGUUAAGCUAUUUUAUUGUGUACAUUGCCACCAGUUUUACAGUGGAUAUCAGACAGCGUUUCUGUCAGACAAUUUUGACUGGCUGUUUACACUCCUGGGCAAAAGAACAAUAAAAUAUAAAGCUUUACAACAAA